AUGACGGCGGAGAAGGCGCUGCCCCUGGGCAAUGGGAAGGCUGCCGAGGAGGCGCGGGAGUCCGAGGCGCCGGGUGGUGGCGGGGGCAGCGGGGGCGCGGCGCCCGCGCGCGACCCGCGCGACAAGCGCGACAAGGCGGUCCACGAGCGCGGCCACUGGAACAACAAGGUGGAGUUUGUGCUGAGCGUGGCCGGGGAGAUCAUCGGGCUGGGCAACGUGUGGCGCUUCCCCUACCUGUGCUACAAGAACGGAGGAGGGGCAUUCCUGAUUCCCUACGUGGUGUUUUUUAUUUGCUGUGGAAUUCCUGUUUUUUUCCUGGAAACAGCCCUGGGGCAGUUCACAAGUGAGGGUGGCAUUACGUGUUGGAGGAAAGUUUGUCCUUUAUUUGAAGGUAUUGGCUACGCAACACAGGUGAUUGAGGCCCAUCUAAAUGUCUACUACAUCAUCAUCCUGGCAUGGGCCAUUUUCUACCUGAGCAACUGCUUCACCACUGAGCUCCCUUGGGCCACCUGUGGGCAUGAGUGGAACACAGAGAAUUGUGUGGAGUUCCAGAAACUGAAUGUGAGCAACUACAGCCAUGUGGCCCUGCAGAACGCCACCUCCCCCGUCAUGGAGUUUUGGGAGCACCGGGUCUUGGCCAUCUCUGAUGGGAUCGAGCACAUUGGGAACCUCCGCUGGGAGCUGGCUUUGUGUCUUCUGGCAGCCUGGACCAUCUGCUACUUCUGCAUCUGGAAGGGGACCAAGUCCACAGGAAAGGUUGUAUACGUCACCGCGACAUUCCCCUACAUCAUGCUUCUGAUCCUGCUGAUCCGAGGGGUCACGUUGCCUGGGGCCUCCGAGGGCAUCAAGUUCUACCUGUACCCUGACCUCUCCCGGCUCUCUGACCCACAGGUCUGGGUAGAUGCUGGAACGCAGAUCUUUUUCUCCUAUGCCAUCUGCCUGGGCUGUCUGACUGCUCUGGGAAGUUAUAACAAUUAUAACAACAACUGCUACAGGGACUGCAUCAUGCUCUGUUGCCUGAACAGUGGCACCAGCUUCGUGGCGGGGUUCGCCAUCUUCUCAGUCCUGGGCUUCAUGGCGUACGAGCAGGGGGUGGCCAUUGCUGAGGUGGCAGAGUCAGGCCCUGGCCUGGCCUUUAUUGCCUACCCCAAGGCUGUCACCAUGAUGCCUCUCUCCCCACUGUGGGCCACCUUGUUCUUCAUGAUGCUCAUCUUCUUGGGCCUGGACAGCCAGUUUGUGUGUGUGGAAAGCCUUGUGACCGCCGUGGUGGACAUGUACCCCAAGGUCUUCCGGAGGGGCUACCGGCGGGAGCUGCUCAUCCUGGCCCUGUCAAUCAUCUCCUACUUUCUGGGCCUCGUGAUGUUAACAGAGGGAGGCAUGUACAUCUUCCAGCUCUUUGACUCGUACGCUGCCAGCGGGAUGUGCCUUCUCUUCGUGGCCAUCUUUGAGUGCAUCUGCAUUGGCUGGGUGUACGGAAGCAACCGGUUCUAUGAUAACAUCGAAGACAUGAUUGGCUACCGGCCAUUGUUGCUCAUUAAGUGGUGCUGGAAGGUCGUGACCCCUGGGAUCUGUGCGGGCAUCUUCAUCUUCUUCCUGGUCAAGUACAAGCCACUCAAGUAUAACAAUGUUUACACCUACCCGGCCUGGGGCUAUGGCAUUGGCUGGCUCAUGGCCUUGUCCUCCAUGCUCUGCAUCCCGCUCUGGAUCUUCAUCAAGGUGUGGAAGACCGAGGGGACGCUGCCCGAGAAAUUUCGGAAGUUGACAAUCCCCAGUGCUGAUCUGAAAAUGCGGGGCAAGCUUGGGGCAGGCCCACGGACAGUGACAGUCAAUGACUAUGAUGCCAAACUCAAGGGCGACGGCACCAUCGCGACCAUCACAGAGAAGGAGACGCACUUCUGA